GGUGCACUUUUGAUGACACACAAAUCCUCUCUUCCCUGCCGCCAUCCAUGGAGGAUUCUGGAGCUGGUUCUAGCGACGAGGCCAAGACUGCUUCUUGCCCUAGAGGACACUGGAGGCCCGCCGAGGAUGAAAGACUCCGGCAGCUCGUUGAACAGUAUGGUGCUCAGAACUGGAACUCCAUUGCUGAAAAGCUCCAAGGUAGAUCAGGGAAGAGUUGUAGAUUGAGAUGGUUUAAUCAACUAGACCCGAGAAUCAACCGGCGGCCAUUUACUGAGGAAGAAGAGGAAAGGCUUCUUGCAGCUCAUCGGCUUCAUGGAAACAAGUGGGCCUUAAUCGCCAGAUUGUUUCCUGGUAGGACCGAUAAUGCAGUGAAGAACCAUUGGCAUGUAAUAAUGGCUAGGAAACAAAGGGAACAAUCAAAGCUGUGUGGGAAGAGAAAUCAUCAAGGUAGUAGUCUCGGUGACUCCAAUAACACUUUCAGUGCUUUUAAUGCAAGGAAAUUAAGAUGUCAAGAAGGUUUUAGCUCCAGAUUUGGGUUUGGGAACAAUAGGUACUUUGAAUUCCAAAACCCCAACAUUGAUAGGAACAAUAUUUUCUCAGUGUCUUCUUCAAGUACUUCCUCUCCGGUCUCUUGGGCAUUUGCUUCAAGUAAUGCAUCUGCUGCUGCAGAUAUAUGGAGAAGAGAAGGAAAAGACUAUAACUUAUUGAAUAUUUCAGGUUCAAGUUAUAACUAUUCUGUGGAGAGCUCAAACAAUGUUCUUGGACAGAGUAAUUCCGUUUUUAGAUAUCACUUUCCCAACGGUACUGCCUCGGGGUAUAGGAAUCAGAAUUCUGGUGUUUCAUUUGGGGUUUCUACUGAAAACAGGAGGAUUAAUGUUUCUAGUCCGUUCGGGUUUCUUAAAGUUGGGGAUAAUUAUAAUUGUGAAAGUGUUGGAAUGAUGAAGAAGGAGGUGGGGAAGUUGUGUGAAAAUGCACCCAAUUCUUCAUUAGGGCAGGAGAAAGAAGAUGAGACGUCCUUGAAACAAAAGGGUGUUCCUUUCAUAGAUUUUCUUGGUGUGGGUAUCUCUUCUUGAAUCUUGAUAUUCACCCACAAGCACAAAAACAUAAUCUUAUUUAAUUUUUUUUUUAUAAUAUAUGCAGAUAUUAGUU